UGUGCACACUGCGAAGCAAUCCUAACCGCCACCAGCAUCCGCCUCUCUUCUCAGUGCCAGCCGCCGUGCGCUCGCUCUCUCUGUCCCUCAAGGCCUUCGCCGGCGAAGAGCGCCUAGUCACCCACCAGGAUGAAGUUUGUUGCUGCUUACCUGCUUGCUGUCCUUGCUGGGAACUCCAGCCCCUCUGCUGAGGACUUGACGGCCAUUCUGGAGUCAGUUGGCUGUGAAGUUGACAAUGAAAAGAUGGAGCUCCUGCUGUCCCAACUGAGCGGUAAGGACAUUACCGAGCUCAUUGCUGCGGGCAGGGAGAAGUUUGCUUCAGUCCCAUGCGGCGGCGGCGGCGGUAUGGCUGUGGCAGCAGCUGGCCCUGCUGCUGGCGGAGCUGCUCCUGCAGCUGAGGCGAAGAAAGAAGAGAAGGUGGAGGAGAAGGAAGAGAGCGACGAUGACAUGGGCUUCAGCCUCUUCGACUGAGCUGUGUGGGCAGUCAUCACAUCAGAGUAGUUUGUUUUGUUUUGACUUUUGAGUCGUGGAACCAGAGGAAAAUCGUAGUCGUUGCUUGGACUUUAACCUCGUUUUAUGUUGGAAACUAGUUUGAAAGGCUCCUACUGUCUUUAUAUUUGGUAAUUCAGCCGUAGGUCGACAUUGCCUCCAGAGAUGUUAUGAAUUGGUCAGGUUUCCUGGCUGCUCACUGUUAUGUUGUUACAUGUCGACAUCGCCUCGUU